CGAGGGGACACGGACACAGAGGCACGGCUGGAGAAGAGCAGCGCGGGGCCAGCACAGAGCUGUAGCGAGCAGGGCCCCUGACACACAGAAGAGGACAGCAGGGCUGUGAGGGGCCGGGCCGAGUGCUGGGCAGCCCCCCAUGCCGCUGUGCCUGAAGGCUCCCGUCAGCAUGAGGGACUAUUGCCCCUUGGCGGUGCCGCGCUACGCGCCGCGCCUCAGGGCCGCCCGCACCGUGCACUUCCCCAACGACGUCGUCUUUCAGGACCACAUCAAGCAGGGGGACCUGGAGCAGGUGGGCAGGUUCAUACGAGCCAGGAAGGUGACACUGGACACCAUCUACCCUUCUGGCAUGGCAGCCCUCCAUGAAGCCGUGCUGACGGGAAACCUGGACUGUGUCAAGCUCCUGGUGAAAUACGGCGCUGACAUCCACCAGAGAGAUGAGAACGGGUGGACGCCCCUGCACAUGGCCUGCAGCGACGGCUACGCUGACAUAGCCAGGUACCUCCUGUCCCUUGGGGCCAGCCUGGAGGCCACCACUGAUGACGGAGAGAAACCCUCGGACCUCAUCGACCCCGAAUACGAGGACCUGGUGCAGCUCUUCGGAGCCACCGUGCUGCGCUGA